GCGAUCGCGAAAGACGGGUUAUUAAAUAAGUUACCAAUUAUUGUGAUUUUGGGUGCGACUGGUACAGGAAAAUCCAAAUUGGCUUUGGAAGUUGCAAAGCAGUUCAAUGGUGAAAUCAUUAGUGCGGACGCAAUGCAGGUGUACAGGGGAUUGGAUAUAGUGACCAACAAAGUGACAAAGGAGGAACAGAAGGAGGUUCCCCACCAUAUGAUAGACUACCUCGGGCCUGGGGAACCUAUAAAGGUGGUGGACUUCAGGGAUAAGGCGCUCCGAGUAAUAGACGAUCUCCAACAACGCCGCAAAGUCCCGGUGAUCGCCGGGGGAACUUACUACUAUGUGGAGUCCCUCCUGUGGAACUUCCUCAUGGACGCGUCUCCUCCUCCUCAGAAGCGGCCGCGCCUGGAUGUGAGCGGUCUGGGGAACCUGAGCUACCUGAUCGCAGACACAGGUGACAAUGUGAUGGUGGACCCAGUGGAGAAACUGGCUGCAGGAGACAAGGAGAAACUCCACCAAGCUCUGCAGAGUGUGGAUCCUGCAAGAGCAAAUGAGUUGCACCCGAACAACGUCAGGAAAGUUAUCAGGUCUCUUCAGGUGGUACAGUCCACGGGUCGACGUCACAGUGAACUGAUCGAAGAACAGCGUGCUGCUGGCGGAGGCAGCCACGCUGGGCCGCUCAGAUUUCCAAAUUCUGCUAUCCUUUGGAUCACUUGUCAACAGGAUACCCUGGACAGUCGUCUGGACGCUAGGGUAGACAAGAUGGUCACCCAGGGACUGGUAGAAGAGCUACAACAGUUCCACGACGAGUACAACAGACAGAGGAUACAAUCGGACGAAGGAGGUCCACGGACGCCAGCCUACACGCUGGGCAUAUACCAGAGUAUUGGCUUCAAGGAGUUCCACCCUUACCUGAUGCUCGGUGAAGAAGAGAGGAAAGGAAAAGAAGGAAGGAAGCUGUUGGAGGAAGGAGUCAAGUUGAUGAAGAUCGCAACCAGACAAUAUGCAAGAAGACAGGUCAAGUGGAUACGCAAGCGAUUUUUGUGUCGAGGCGAAGAACAGGUUCCUCCUCUAUACACACUGGAUGGCUCGAACCUAGAUCACUGGGAUUCUGAGGUGAAAGAAAAAGCGUUCUCCAUCGUAACUUCCAUCUUGGACGGCAGUUCUUGCCCUGUCUCUCCUGAACCCAUAGAGAAGCCCCAGCUGGUGGAUCACACGCUCAGAAGAUGCGAUGUGUGUGAUCGACUAUUUGAAGGAAUUCAGCAGUUAGAAGGACAUAUGAAGUCGAUGAAGCAUAAACGAAAACUCAAGAAGCUUAGCAGAGAAGAAAACAAAAAGUUACCUACAGAAAAAACCACUGUUGAAACAUCAACAACAAGCAUACCGGAAAAUGUUACUAGUGAUAACACUUAGCCUUAUCCAUCAAAUAAAUUAUUAAAAUCAAAUUUGU